AUGUCAAACGAAUCGUUUCGUUUGGAAUCUUUCCGGCCUUGGAAUCCCCACGAGAAACCGCUCUCUCAACAAGGCCCUCUGGAUCUCCGUCGCUAUCCAAGUCCUGUCUCACUCAAUGCCACACCGUCUCCGAACAACUCAAAAGACUCGACAAUCCAUUCCCAGAUUCCUCACGUCCCUAAGCUUGAGCGGCAUCCCCUUCCGGUACGGCCGCCAAUUGAGGUUUGUGUCGAUGAGUCUUCACAAUCUGUCGACCAGAAUAUUCGGAAGCCAGAUUUGGAUGGCGAGAUGUCGCCCGUCAAUCAAGAUUCGGACAACCUUGAUUUUGAGGAGAUUUUGCAUUUGGAGAAUCCACCAAGCUGUGGACACAUCGGUGAUAUGGUUUUUGAUUCCGUCGAUGAGCAUUUCGAACAAAGGACUCGCAUUGGAUCAUGUGACCUCGAGCCCUCCUUCACGCCUGAUCAGGUUUCUCAGUCUAUGGUAUUCCAAAACCCCACCCCACCAGGCAUGGAAGAUUUUGCAAGUGAUUUGACAAUAGACCCGGCGAUGUUGGAGGACCACCACUGCCGAGCUGGAGAACAACAGAACACUACAGAAUCCGCACCUAGUUGCACAACCCGCGAGGCAGGCUCCCCCGUGGUCAACCAUCCCUGGGCUACAGAUGAUGGCAGUUCUCGUGGCAGACAGUGCCACUCGCCGAAAGCCCCUGGUCGGCGGUCAUCUAAAAUCCAGAAAGUGUCGGUCGUCAUCAGCAAUCACCAAAAGGAUAAGCACGGAAAAUCGACUCGACGACCUGGUCAUCAGGAAGCUUCAUUGUCCACAAUUCUUGCACAAUUUUCUGCACUUAAAGCGGAGGACCGACUACAAUUCUUGUCUUGGCUGUUUGAGGGUGCAUUGUCUCGUUGUUUGCCUCGCCCGGGGGAAGUCAGCACGAAAUCACGAUCCAUGCCAAGUGACAAUGUGUCUUCAUCCAGCACUCAAAAUGCAUCAGCUGACUCAUGCUCAUCGCGAAAACGUCUACGGUAUUCUGCGGAGGAAAAUUACCUCUUGAUACAACUCAAAGAAAAAGAAGGCCUCCGAUGGGAAGAAGUAAUCAGGCGUUUCGAUGAAAACUACCCAGGGAGGAGUCCGCAGUCUAUCAAGGUGCAUUGGAGUACAAAGCUAUCCAAGAGAAAGUCGUCUGGACUGUGUGUGACUCGUGAUUGA